CAAUCGCCACACGCACACAAGUCCAGGCCGCCACGGCUGUCAAACGCGUUCUUGAUGUCAAUAAUGUGUUUUUUGUGAUAUUUAUUGUUAUUUUUGUCGUAUUGUGAACGAGAAGUGAUAAAAACAUUCAAAAUGAAUUUGAUGGCGGUUUUGGGUAUUACUAUGGUGUUCGUGGGGUGUUGUUCCAAUGUCGUGUUUUUGGAACUCGUCGUCAAAGAGGACCCUGGUGCGGGGAACUUAGCGACAUUUCUUCAGUUCUUAUUCAUAGCCACGACGGGCUUUUGUACUGUCGGAAAGUUCGGAACAGCUAAAAGAAACAUACCUUUUAAGCAGUAUUUACUACUAGUUGGAUUCUUUUGGACUAGCAGUGUCGCUAACAACUACGCAUUCGACUUCAACAUCUCUAUGCCGCUACAUAUGAUAUUCCGAGCCGGAUCCCUCAUGGCAAAUAUGGCAAUGGGUGUUUGGAUAUUGAAAAAACGCUACACAUUCUUGAAAUACUUGGCAGUUUUCAUGAUCUCUGCUGGCAUAGCGAUCUGUACUAUCGUGUCCAGUGGAGACGUGAAGGCACCAAGGGAAACAAGUGAAGACGCGGCAGAGGAAGAAAGACUUAAGUUCAUAGAUUGGCUAUGGUGGUGCUUAGGCAUUGCCAUACUCACCUUCGCCCUAUUUGUCUCGGCAAGAAUGGGAAUCUUCCAAGAAUCGCUUUACGCUAAACAUGGCAAAUAUCCUUGGGAAGCCUUGUACUACACUCACUUGUUACCACUAGUGUUUUGGCUGCCAACGACACCAAACUUAUUAAGCCAUAUAAAAUUAGCUACAGAAACACCCGUAGUUGAGUUCUUAGGCAUAACGUUCCCAAGACAAGUGCUAUGGUUAAUACUGUACGUAUUGACACAAGGGUUGUGCAUUAGUGCUGUGUACGUUCUCACAACCGAGUGUGCUUCUUUGACAGUCACUUUGACCGUCACUUUAAGAAAAUUCGUGUCACUUUUAUUCUCAAUUGUGUACUUUAGAAAUCCUUUCACAAUGGGACAUUGGAUAGGAACGCUUUUAGUGUUCAUUGGCACGCUAAUAUUUACGGAAUUAUUACAGAAGUUUGUUUGCCUAUUCUUGCCUAAAGCGGAGGAGAAGAAGAAGGUUCAGUAGGAAAAUUAGUUUAUUUUUUAAUAUUCAAUAGCACAAUUUUUAAUCAGUACUAUGUUUUAUCAAUAAAAUAAUAUCUAAUAGAUAAAAAUGAUCAUCGCACUAUGAAAUCAGCUAUGUCAUUAAAUACAUAAAUAUUGAGACUAUUUCAAGGUCCUAUACAAGAUAAAUAAAAAAUAGAGUAAAGAUAUUUUACUUAAGUAUUAAAAUGCCAUUUAUUUUUAUCAUGUAUUUUUAUCAAAAUAGACGCAAGUAUGCUUGAGCCUUGAUUGAAGUGAAGUUCUGCAAUUUCAUAAAUCACUUUGUGCACAUAAAUUAAGUAUGUAUUGUUGCUUGUAAUAAAAGCUAAAAGUAAGUGCCUGUAAAUAAAGCAAGCUGAGAGUGAGUAGAGUCGAACUAUGUCGGAAAUGUGGACAAAACAUUACCCUACAAGAUUCGUGGUAUAAAGAAGUAACUAGACUUGCACCAUAUUCGUUGAGAAAUAUUUAGAAUAAAUAUUACGUGGUGUUAUUAUAACUUUAUUAUAAGGGGCAUGAAUAUACAAACUAAAUAUUUAUGUUACUAGUAGAGUUGUGUUCUUAUUUAUUUUUUAGGGCGGAAAAGUAUUCUUAUAAAUGUCACAGAACUUCAUUAUUUUUGCAAUUAUUUCUUUAUAUUACUGAUAACUUUCUGAAAUUGUAUGUAUUUGUGUAUGAUCGAUUUAAUGGUAGGAACUGUAAACCUACAUAGUGUGUAAGUGCACUUGUGGCUUUCUUCCACGGUUCGAAAUACUGCUCAAUAAAUAAUGACAAAUGCGCUUAAUUAACGUUUUGCGGUAGAUCUCAUGUCCACUUAAACUGUCAUUCCUCAUUUUAAACAUCUACUUAUAAGUAUAAUGAAAUGAAUUUGGUUAGGUAUCCUGAACACGUUUUCGAAAUCCGGUUCAAACCCAGUUUUAUUGAAGAGUGAAUAGUAGUUUAAAUAAUUCAAUUUUAUAAGGAAUUUGAACAAAUUGUGACAUAAACACUUAGUUAUUUUCUGUAGUUAAGGAAUGUUGCGUGAAGGCAUGUUUACCUUUGGUUAUAAUAAUUAUUGUUACCUACCUGUAUUAUUUGACUGACACGAAAAAUACUAUGCAAUAAGUACUUUAAAACUUGUUACUUCUUUUUUUAUUUAACUGAAGUAUUGUUUGGAGUACAAAAAUCUACACAUCAACUGUACUUUGUGGUAUCAAGUGAAAUUUGAAGUCGAAAAAUUCACGUUUUCUUUUUGUAUUUCUUUUUUUUUAAUUCUAUACUUUUGCGAUGAAAAAUUCCACUUGAUAUUAACUCAGAAUAAUGAGCUAAAUCAUCCCCCUCAGUAUUCGUUACGAUGCCGCUUACACUCCGUACCAGUACGUAUGGGCGUUAGUAAUCUAUCAGAGCAUGAUUCUGAGUUGAUAUCAAGUAGAAUUUCCUGUCGAAAAAUUCAUGAAAAUAUUAUUGUUUUUCCAUACUUUUGCGACGGAAAAUUUCACUUGAUACCACUCAGAAUCAUGAUGUGAUGCCUCAAAGUUAUCGUUACGAUGUCACUAACACCCUGUAUGUCAACUAUGUAAGUAUAAUUAUGUUACGUUUAUAUACCUACCUAAUUAAUUUUGUUUUUAUUUAAUUAUUGUUAUUAUUCCUAGACAGAAAUUAUUAAUUUUAAAUAAUUUACUGAUGUAUAUACUUACUUUACUAAUUUACGGUACAAAAUGGUUGUUGCAAAUUGAAAUAAUAAAUAAAUUUUAAGAUAAUGACAAAAAAUAAUGAAAUAAAUUUUGAGAUUGUGUUUAA